AUGAAGUUGGCAAAUGUUGGAGCUUUUAAGAACUGGUUUAUUGGUCCGAGAAAGAAAGGUGAAUUGUUGAAACGGCGAUGUAAAAAAAAAAAAAUGAUUGUACAGCUGCUUUCUUCUUUUUUUUAAAUUUUUUCAUACAUUAUAUUCAGUAAUUAGGGGAACAAAUUUUAAUUGUAACACAUACUAAACGAACUCACCAAGCAAACGCUGUCUUAAUAUGCAAUACAAUAUGAUUAAAAACCAAUAAAAUAUUUUUAUUUAUAUGUAUUUAAUGUUUAAAAGUAUUUUGUUUUGUUAAUAAUAAUAUUCUACGGCACAAAGUGGCAACGUCGCACCUAUUUUCGUGCUCAAUCGUGUUUUUUUUUUUUUUUUGAGGUUUUAAGGUUUCUAUUGUUUAUAUGUGACCGUGCUCAAUCGGGUUCCAGUCGCUCGGUCGUUAGGCUAAAUUUUUUCCACGUAUCGAAUAAACAUCUGAAAUAUUUCACGAAACGUCGAUUCUCUUUUCGCGCAAAAGUACUCUUUGGUGUUUGUCAUACGUGAUUUUGGUCAUAAUGGAUACAUAUACUGUAGAUACGGUCACAACGGUAAUCUUCGGAGUUUCCGUAAGAUCUUCGACCAGAGCUGAUAACAAUUGAUACCGUUAAUGAACCGUUAAUAGCGGACGUCAGCCGUUCGAUUGGAAUGAAAUAAAAACGAUAGCCGUCACCGACGGAUUACGCGGCUUGUUGUAGUUUUUUUUUUUUUUUUUUUUUCGAAAUAUCUUUGUCUAAUUGUUGAAAUUAAUACAUGAUAAAACUUCACGAUUGUGUUUCAUCUAUAUUGUACAACUAUUAUACAACCGUUUCGAAUAAUCAAUACGAACACUCAUAGUUUAUGAUUGUUGUCUUAUACACGAAAUAUUAAACUAAUGAUUUUAUUUAUAACAAGCCGAAUUACACUAUUUAUUAAACCUAACUUUAUAUGUAUAACUCGUUAUACGUGUAAAAUUUUAGCUUUAUUCUCUUUUGGAGCAGCCAAAAGUGUCCAAAUUAUACCGGGAAAAAGAUAUAUAAUACAGACACAGUAACAAUUCGAUAAAACAUAGAUUUAUGGACAAAUCUGUCGACGUAUAUAUGCGAGUAUAACACCGACCGUAUUAUCAUAUCGUAGUGGCCAAACAAAUUAAAAUGAUAUAACGGCAAAUUUGUGAUAUGCAACUGGUGUUGUGACUCUCACUGCAGGCAGCGAAUUUAUCGGUUACGUGUAAGUAGCGUAGAAAUCCGAAAUAUGUUAGAGGUGCAAUCGUAUCAAUUAUAUUUAGUCGUGAUUAUUGUUUCGUUAAUGAAUUAUCAUUAAAUCGUCUCCGACUUUUGGAUCUGCGUUGCGUUUUUUGAUAAACCCCAGACAGCAAUUUUGCAAUGUCAAUAUUUCAUGGAUAUUGGAUGUUCGUUGAGAAAUUAAUAUUACAAAUUUAAGAUUAAAUGGACAUUGUAUUAUUAUUUAAAUUCCAAGUUGAAAAUGUAUAUGUAUAUCAUUAUAACACAAUAUAUUGAUUAUUAAAUGUUGGAUUGUAACUAUGGGUUCAAUAUUUAUACAUUGUUGAAUAUGUAAUAUAAAUUCAAUUAUAUUUAAUAAUAUUGCAAAGACAUUGAUUUUCAUUGAAAUUUAAAUAUUACAUUUCUAUAAUAGCUAACAAUAUUAAAACGUUGAAAAUACAAUAAUAUUCAAAUGUUAUUGCAGUUAUACUCGUUCAACGCCACGGUCGACGGUUGGUUGUCGACAUCUUAAACAUUACCCUGAUCGCUGGUGUCGACUAACCGUCAACAUAUAUAUAUAUUCCUAGUAUGCAAUUGUUUAUAGAAUUUGCUAAACAACUUUUAAUGAUUUUAUUAAAAAUAUUCAAAUUAUAUAUGGCAUGCAUUUAAUUUCACAUAAUGUACACGGAUUACUGCAUUUGUGUGAAGAUUAUAAUUUAUUUGGUCCAUUAGACAAUGUCAGUUGUUUCCCAUUUGGAAAUUUUCUUAAAAAAUUCAAAGUUAUGUUAAGAAAGAAUGAACAACCAUUAGAGCAAAUUAUUAAACGGUUUAAAGAACUUGAAAAGAAAUUGUACUCUUAACUCAAAUGGUAUUAUUAAUAGUAAAAACACAAUUGUAAAGAACCACCAUAAAAAUGGCCCUUUACCAAAUUCAAUCCAAUGAUUUCAGUUCACAACAUUAAUUCUAAAACAUAAAUUAAUCACAUUAAAAAUAGAUUCAUAAUCUAAUUGUUAUUUUGGAACAUUGGAUAAUAAUGUUGUUCAGGCAAUUAAUAUUGUAAAAGUUAUGGAUACUGAACAAAUUAUGGUAGUGGGGAAAAUAUUUACUGUAAAAAAACUAUUAUAGAUAAAAACAGUAGUUGUAUAGAUUAAAAGGCAAUCUCAAAAUACCCUAAAAUAUCAAUCCCACAAUAUGAAUAUGAAUAUGAGCUUCAAAGUCAAGUACAUCUGAAAUCGGUAAGUUAUUGUAAACUGCAGUAUAUAUAUAUAUAUUAAAGUAGUCCUGAUUUUUUCAAUGUGAUUUUUUUAAUACGGUACACCCUUAAUUUGUUAAAUUAUAUGAGUAAGUAACGUAACAGAACAAUUAAAUUCUAAUAAUAAUUAUUUUCAUAGCCACCGUGCAACAAAUGUUUACGGUAUUUUUUCGACAAGUAUAUAUAUUUUAUAGAUUUCAAUACACAAGAAAAAUCAAUUUAGAAAAGUGUAUAUAAUACAUUGAAUGUUGUUACUAUGAAACUUUUCAUAAAAACCAAUGGACUUACAAGAAUUUCAUUUAGUUCGUUACAUAUUUACCAUAAUGCUAUACCUUCUGAAUUAAAUAAAAAACACAAAAUGCCCUCUUUUUCAACUCUAAUGCGGCACCAGAACGGGUUGAGUGAGAUCUUCCAAAUUUUAGCCACAUUACUUACUCAUAUAACUUACAAAUAAGGUGGGUACUGUGUUAACUUUUCNCGAUUCAGAUUAUGAUAAGGAUUACAAUCCUUAUAAUAAUAAUUUGAUAUCUCCAGCAAUAAGUAGUAUAGCUGAUUUAUCAAAUACACAACACCCUAUUGAUAUACAAUGCCCUAUUGAAACACAGCAGUUUAUUGAUCACGAUACGGAUAAAAGCAGACAUUUUUAAGACUAUAGGUACAUAAAAAAAAGUUGGUUUUUGUAUUAAUAGCUAAUAAAUAUAGUAUUCUACUAUAUAUAUAUUAAUGUAUUAUUUUAUAAACAAUUUAAUUUAAUACUACUGGAUAAUAAAUUUAUUAAUUAGUUAUAUAAUUAGUCCACAACUAUUUGGAUAAUAAACUAAUAGAAAAUCAUGAAUUUCGAUUACAAAUAAUAUGUAUUAUUAUAUAAAUAAAGAAUAACUUUAGCUAAACAAACAUUCAUAAAGAAAAACAGUUUAUUAACUAGCAAACACCUUAAAAUCGAAACGAAGAAAAAAUGCAUUAAAACAUUUGUGUGGAGUGUGUUACUAUAUGGAUGUGAAACUUGGACUAUCAGGAAAAAGGAAAAGGACCGCUUAGAAGCAAUAGAAAUGUGGAUUUGGAGAAAAAUGAACAAAACAUCAUGGGUUGAAAUCAAAACAAAUGAGCAAGUGCUGAAAGAUGUAAGCGAAAAAAGGAAUAUAAUAAAACACAUACAAAAAAAAGAAAACGAAAUUAAUAAGACAUAUUCAGACAAAACACAUUUAUGAAAAAUAUCUUCGAAGGAAAGAUCUUGGGGAAAAGAUCUAGAGGACACCAAAGAACAUUAUAUAUCCAAGACCUCAAACAUCUCAUGUAGGUCACAACAUAUUCAAAAUUGAAAAACAUGGCAAAUGACAGAGACUUAUGACGACCUUUCGACAAGGCGAGAACUUUAGAUGAUGAUGAUCAAGAUUAUAUAAAUAAAAUUAUAAUCUUAAUUCAUUGAUGAUAAUAUAUAUAUAUAUAUACAAUAUAUGAGUCACGGGGGGGGGGGGAGAGGUUUUAACAACUUAAAACCUUUAACUGCCAUUAUGUUGAAAUUUUUAUCUAUCAAUUAUGUUUUAGAUACAAGAAUUAACAAGGCUAUUAGGCAUAAAUGUCAAAAGGUCAAUAAAACGAAUUUUUGAAAAGUUUUUCAGCGAUAAAUUGUUAUAUGGUUAUUUGUUUCUUGAUAUUCGUACAAAAAAAUCAUUUUCAUCCUUGAAUAUAUGUUCAGUAAUUAUUGGUAUAUAUAUAUAAUUAUUAAUAUAUAUAUAUAUAAUUUUAUUAUAUAAUUUCCUCUUUAGAUAAAUUUAUUUAUUUUUGCACAAUUUAAUAAAUUUAAUAUAAUUAUUAUAUAUAUUAUAUGAGCAUUUUAUCAUAUAUAAUUUUGUUUUUAGAGGCAAUACGAAAGGAUUCAAUUUUUGGACAUAUUCAAAAUAGGGAAAUUGAAGAUGUUAUACAAAAACACUUGGCACAAAGGCCAUUUGUUAUCAAAAGAAAUGAACAUAUAUCAAAAAUUAAAUCGAAUAGCAUGUAA